UCCGGGGUGGGACUUCCUGUCCAUCAUUGAUAGGUGCCGAGCUGCGGAGAGGUGGGAGGACCAAACAGGAGGGCUCCGCCCCCAGCGUCCUGUGGCCAUGACGACCGCCCCGCGGGACUGCCUGGUGUGGAAGCUCGCGGGGCUCCUGCGGGAGUCCGGGGACGUGGUCCUAUCUGGCUGUAGCACCCUGAGCCUGCUGACUGCCACACUGCAGCAGCUGAACCACGUAUUCGAGCUACAUCUGGGGCCAUGGGGCCCUGGCCAGACAGGCUUUGUGGCCCUGCCCUCCCACCCCGCCGACUCCCCCAUCAUCCUCCAGCUUCAGUUCCUCUUCGAUGUGCUGCAGAAAACGCUUUCACUCAAGCUGGUCCAUGUCCCUGGUCCUGGCCUCCCAGGGCCUAUCAAGAUUUUUCCCUUCAAGUCCCUUCGGCAGCUGGAGCUCCGAGGUGUCCCCCUCCACUGCCUCCAUGGCCUCCGUGGCAUUUACUCCCAGCUGGAGACCCUGAUUUGCAGCAGGAGCAUCCAGGCAUUAGAGGAGAUCCUCUCGGCCUGCGGUGGUGACCUCUGCUCCGCCCUGCCGUGGCUGGCUCUGCUUUCUGCUGACUUCAGCUACAACGCGCUGACUGCCUUAGACAGCUCCCUGCGUCUCUUGUCAGCUCUGCGCUUCUUGAACCUGAGCCACAAUCAAGUCCAGGACUGCGAGGGCUUCCUGAUGGACUUGUCUGAGCUCCACCACCUGAACAUCUCCUAUAACCACCUGCGUUCCGUGCCAAGAAUGGGACCCUCGGGGGCUGCUCUGGCGACCCUGAUACUGCGAGGCAAUGAGCUCCGCAGCCUGCAUGGCCUGGAGCAGCUGAGGAACCUGCGGCACCUGGAUGUGGCGUACAACCUGCUGGAAGGACACCGGGAGCUGUCGCCGCUGUGGCUGCUGGCUGAGCUCCGCAAGCUCUACCUGGAGGGGAACCCUUUGUGGUUCCACCCUGCGCACCGAGCGGCCACCGCCCAGUACUUGUCUCCCCGGGCCAAGGAUGCUGCUCCCGGCUUCCUUCUCGAUGGAAAGGUCUUGGUACUGACUGAUUUUCAGACCUCCACAUCCUCAGGGCUUGGCUCCACGGCUCCACCCCCGCCCUGGCCAGUGGGGAGUACCAGCGAAACCUCAGGUGGCCCGGAUUUGAGUGACAGCCUCUCCUCAGGGAGUGCUGCGGUCCAGCCCCCACUUCGUAAGGUGAAGAGCCGAGUCCGUGUGAGGCGGGCCAGUAUCUCGGAACCCAGUGAUACGGACCCAGAGCCCCGGACUCUGGACCCCUCCCCGGCUGGAUGGUUUGUGCAGCAGCAUCGGGAACUUGAACUCAUGAACAGCUUCCGGAAACGGUUCGGCCGUGAUUGGCUGCAGUAUAGGAAUCACCUGGAGACCUCUGGGACCCCCGUUGUGGCUGCCUCCGAGACCCCUGCCCUCAGCACCCUGCGCCCAGAUGCCCUGAGCCCAGAGACUGCACCUGGCCCUCCGCCCCCAGAGAAGGAGUCACCCGAGGAAAUGGCAGAGGAAGUCAGCGUGGAACCAGAGCCACAGGAGGAAGAGGAGAUGGAAGAACAGGGAAAAGAGGAGGAAGGAAAGGAGGAGGAGGAGGAGCAGAGUGAAGUAGAAGCGGAGCUCUGUCGCCCCAUGUUGGUGUGUCCCCUGGAGGGCCCUGAGGGCGUUCGGGGCCGGGAACGCUUUCUCCGGAUCACUUCUGGCCACCUGAUUGAGGUGGAGCUCCAAGCGGCUCGAACCCUGGAACGGCUCGAGCUCCAGAGUCUGGAGGCAGCUGAGGUGGAGCCCGAGACCCCAACCCGGAGAGAACCAGUGCCCGAGGGUGCAGACCCGCUCCCCGGAGCCCCCGUCCUCGUGCUGCGCUUCUCCUACAUUUGCCCUGACCGCCAGUGGCGUCGCUAUGUGGUGCUGGAGCCUGAUGCCCACGCGGCCAUCCAGGAACUGCUUGCUGUGUUGAGCCCAGCAGCCAGCGUGGCUCAGCGUCAGCUUGGGGAGGCAAGGGACCCGCUGGCGGGCAGACUCCAGUGUCUGCGUUGUCGCCACGAGUUCAAGCCAGAGGAGCCCAGGCUGGGACUGGACAGUGAGGAAGGCUGGAGGCCUGUGUGGGGGAAGACAGAAUCUCCUGCAGUGUGUCCGAACUGUGGUAGUGAUCAUGUGGUUCUCCUGGCUCUGUCCCUGGGCACCCCCAACAUGGAGCGGAGAAAGGGAGAGCCAUCGCCAGCUCCUUCGCCAUCUCCCAGUGCUGGGCAUGACCCUCCUGGCCGCAGUGACCACAGCGACAGGGCCGACAGUGCCCCGUCUCAGGCACCAGUCUCCCAUGACCACCACAGUUGGAGCCUUAGUCCCCCCCCUGAGCGCUGUGGCCUCCGCUCUGUGGACCACCGGCUCCGGCUCUUCCUGGACGUGGAGGUGUUCACUGAUGCCCAGGAGGAGUUCCAGUGCUGCGUCAAGGUGCCACUGCUGUUGGCAGGCCACCCUGGGGAGUUUCUGUGUCUCGUGGUUGUGUCUGACCACAGGCUUUAUGUGUUGAAGGUGACAGGGGAGAUCUGCGGGCCUCCAGCUAGCUGGCUACAGCCAACCCUGGCUGUUCCCCUGCAGGAUCUGAGCGGCAUAGAGCUGGGCCUAGCAGGACAGAGCCUGCGGCUGGAGUGGGCGGGUGGAGCGGGCAGCUGUGUUCUGCUGCCCCGAGAUGCCAAGCAUUGCCGGGCCUUCCUAGAGGAGCUCAGCGAUGUCUUGCAGUCUCUGCCCUCAACCCGGAGGAGCAGCAUUAGCACCACACAGGAGGAGGUAACCCCGAAGCACCGGCUCUGGCCAUUGCUGGAAAGAGACUCUUCCUCCGAGCCUCGCCGGUUCUUCUACCUUCGGGUCUUCCUGGUUGAAGGCUCUGCUACCUGCCCUGUGUCCCUGUUGCUGACUCUCUCCACCCUGUACUUGUUGGAUGAGGACCUUGUAGGGUUCCAGGCAGAGCCGCCUCUUGCAGCAGCAUCUGGAGAGGCCUCUGAGAAGGCCCCACCCUCUGGGCCAGGCCCUUCCAUGCGUGUCCGGGAGCAGCAGCCUCUCAGCAGUCUGAGCUCCGUGUUGCUCUACCGCACGGCCCCGGAGGAGCUGCGGCUGGUCUUCUACGAUGAGGUGUCCCGGCUGGAGAGUUUUUGGGCCCUCCGCGUUGUGUGUCCAGAGCAGCUGACAGCCCUGCUGGCCUGGAUCCGGGAGCCCUGGGAGGAGCUGUUUUCCAUUGGACUCCGGACUGUGACCCAAGAGGCUCUAGACCUUGACCGGUGAGGCUUCCACUGACCCCGCCGCAGCCUCAGGAGCCAUGGCUGCAGAUGUUCUCUCUCCAGACUCUGGCGGUGGACUUCUCCAGCCUUUGGGCGCUGGCUAGGGAGGCCCCAAAUGACCCACGGCCCAAGGGAAGGGCCAGAGAAAUGGUCUGGCCUCUAGAAGAUCUGGCCUGGGGGGACAGGCCGAGUGGUCAGUCGGAUCGUUUCUCCUGCACUUGUUCUCAGGUAUCAAUAAAGCUGUUUCCACUCCCGACGUCCUGGGCGUACUGAGAUGUGUCACUCGUGAGGCCUGCGUUUCUGCCACUUCUCACAGAACCUGCCCGCCCAACGCUCUUCCCGCACGGGCAGACCAGGCGGCCUUGUUUGAACCUGAGACCUGAUCUCCAACCCUGCUCCGCCCCCGCUGGUGGGAUCAAGUGGUACUCCUGACCCCCACGGGCAGCAGUCCUCAAUGGCAGCACCUGUCACGUGGCCUGGCGUGGGAACUCCCUGCCUAAUGGAGCUGGGCCAAUCAGAGCCCCCCUCUCUCCAGUUUCACUUGGGAGCUAGUGAGGAUCUCGGGCUGUUGGCAUGGGAGCUGCAUACGAGAGGCUGACUGGGGAGAGGCUAUGUGGAGCUGGGCUCUGGAGGCGGGGUGGCAUCUGGUGGUUUCCGCUCCUGCCUUCUCUCAGCACCACCUCACUUGGCCCGGGGCCUGGUUGGGUUGACCCCACUCCUUUACCUGUCUCUGUGGCCACUGUGAUCGGUUCAGGAAUGCUCAUGGGGCCCGGUUUGGCCUACCAAACCGAGUCCUGGCCUUUUGCUGGAGCAACCAAGAAAGAGGCGAGUUUCCCUGUGAGUGUUGUUGAGAGGAUGAGCCUGGAGCUGCUGGCCAUGAGGGGAGAGCCUUCCUGCAAGUGGAACCAUGCAGAGAAAGGAAGACAGAGCUGAGAAGUGGAGCCAGCAGGACUGAGUCCUGGUGUCCCUGGAGUCCUGGGCCCAGUUGUGACUGAAGGCAGACACCUCUGGAAUUUUAGGUUAUGAGGGCUAAAGGAGAUUCCUCCUUUUUUCUUUUUGGCUUAAGCUAUUUUGAACCAAGUAUGAGCCACUGAAAGAGUCCUAACCGCGUAAACUCCUCUCCAACUGGAGCCAGCCUGAGUAGGGAUCUGUUUCCUGUCCCCAAGGAUGAACACAAUGGGAAUAGAGGCACCCACAUGUUUGUGUAGAGGCCCUGGGAAGAGGGCUGGAGGAAGGAGUGGAGACAAGUCAGGCUGCCCUUGAGCCCAAAAGCAGGGCUCCAGCUGAGUGUGUGUGUAUGUGUGUGUGUGGUUUUGGGUACCAAUGGGUGGGUCACAUGUAGGGAGCGUUGGCACACCAGGCAGUGAGCUAACUGCUUAAUGACAGUAUCCUCUCCUCACAGGGGUCCUGGGAGGUGGGUGGCAUCUUGUUCCGGGAGAGGAAACUGAGGCUCAGAGGAGUCAGAUGACUUGCUCAAGAUCAUGUCAGUAAAUGGAGGAGACCUGGUGAGUCCAGGCUUGUUUGACUUCAAAGCCUGGGCUGUCAGCAAACCACUGGGCUCUACUGCCUCCCCCUUCCCUGCCAUGGAUGGGCCUGUGUGCCAGGCCCCACUCACAGGGGGACCAUUGCCCACCCUGCCCUGGGCUGGGGAGCUCCUGAAUAGUCCUAGGCUCGUCCAGGACACGCAGGCCCAGAUGCGCUGUAUUUGGAGGUUCUCUUUCCUCCAGGCUGUGGUGAGUUGUUAGGUGAAGUAUUAAUUCAUGGGUGACUUUCACCCCUCCCUGCUGAACUGGAGAGAACAAAGAUGCUGGAUCUUUAGGUUUUAAGUGAAAGGGCUAAGCUGUGAGAGGAGAUCUGAAAGGGACCAUGAACGGAUAAAGGAACCUGGGGUGGGGAGAGGAAGGGGUCUUAGAGAAGAGCAUUAGAAGCAGUGUAGGAGCAAUCCCCUUGACACUGGGGGACUCUCAGGGUAGGGGGGCUUUGAGCCUUGCUCCCUGUUUGGAAUUAGGGAGGACAGUGGCCUGUCAGAUGUUCCCCAUGCCACCAGGGCAGAUGGAAAUGGCAGUUUGGAAGGACCUGGCAGGAUAGGGCUGGUGACAGCUGCCCAGAUUUCUCUUGACUGGAGAAGGGAGGGGGUCCCAAGGAGCCUGUGGGGCACGGAGGU